AUAACGGGUGAGUGGAAAAAGAGCAGACAGCUUCCUCGAUGGCGGCAUGUUAACGGCUGUUGCGAAAGCUGAGUGCCGCGUCAGUUUGUGAAGGAAGCUAGCAUCCUCAUCCAUGUUGUCCACGACGAUGUACGGACGUCUCACGUCAGCCGUCAGGCUGGGAUUUCUGCGACCCAAGAUGCCACAUCGCGUGCUUGCGGCCAUCGAAGCAAGGCCGCUUGUGACCGAGGCGGAGACGGGCAGUUUCCAGCCACCCACUCCGUUGAGCCGACGGAUGCCGACCACCACCAAGAUGGAGUUCGUGCCAGCAAAUGCCUUCGAUGGCAUUCCCAUGUACAGCAUCCUGAACAGGAGUGGCAAACUGGCCGACGGUGUCGAAGAACCCAAGCUGGACAAGGACCUGCUGGUGCGUAUGUACUCCAAGAUGGUGCAGAUGAACAUCAUCGACCAGAUCAUGUACGAGUCACAGAGGCAGGGCCGUAUCUCCUUCUACAUGACCCACUACGGCGAGGAGGGCGUGCUCAUCGGAAGCGCAGCUGCGCUCGACGACAAGGACCUCGUCUUUGUCCAGUACCGCGAGUACGGUGUGCUUCUCUGGCGAAACUUUACUGUGAACCAGACGAUGCAGCAGUGUUACUCCACGAUGUAUGACUAUGGCAAGGGCCGCCAGAUGCCUAUUCACUAUGGCUCGACUGAGGAGCACUUUGUCACCGUCUCGUCAACCCUUGCAACACAGAUGCCGCAGGCAGCAGUGGGAACAGCAUAUGCCUACAAGCUCGCCCAGAAGAAGCAAUGCGUGGCCUGCUACUUUGGUGAUGGAGCGGCCAGUGAGGGUGAUGCCCAUGCCUCCUUCAACUUUGCUGGCGUCCUCGGCACACCCAUCAUUUUCAUCUGUCGGAACAAUGGUUACGCCAUCUCAACGCCAACCCACGAGCAGUACAGCUGUGAUGGAAUUGCUGCACGGGGUCCUUCAUACGGGUUGACAACGAUUCGUGUGGACGGUCAGGACAUUCUCGCCAUGUACAUGGCAGUACAGGAGGCCCGCCGCUUUGUGAUGGAGCAGCAGAAGCCAAUCCUCAUUGAAGCGAUGACGUACAGAAUUGGCCACCACAGCACGUCGGACGACAGCACAGCCUAUCGUUCGGUGGAUGAAGUGCGGACGUGGGACGAGCAUGCCCAUCCAAUCACGCGGCUUCGCCAGUUCCUCCUCGAUCGUGGCUACUGGAGUGAACAGCAGGAUAAGGACAUCAAGGCAGCAUUCAAGAAAGAGGUCUUACAGAACAUCAAAGAAGUCGAAAAAAUUCCCAAGCCGCCAGUCAGCGACCUCUUCACCGAUGUUUACAAGGACAUGCCGGCGCAUCUCAAGGAACAGAUGACGUACAUGCUGAACCACGUACAGCACUACAAAGAUGGUUACCCCGUCGACUUGUUUGCCAAAGAGAGGAGCUAGGACUGUUGCACAGCGUCAGCAGUUGAGGGCGUUCAAAUACCGGAGAGAUGUUUUUGUUGAGCUUAAAGGCACCGCUAAGCUGGUCAUGUCAUCAGGUUUCGGAAACACAAAUGACAUGGUAUGCCGUAUCUGCGAAGCAGAAGCGUGUCGAUGCGUCUGAAUCCAGUCACUCGCACGUAGCUGUCCCAGCCUGUUACCUUACUUCAAGUUAUUUGGCAAGUAGAACAUGUUGGGAUGUCUUGCUAAGCUCGUGGUCUUUGCUUGCUUUACUAAACUGUCACAAAAAGCUACAAGAGGUGCGGAAGCACCUGUACGUUGUCACGUGUAGCAGUCACGAAUCAGCUGUAAGUCGGCAGUUCUAGUGCACUGUUUGGUGCGUUACCUGAGCAUGGAUAUGGAUGCAUCGCUUGCGCAGUCUCUGCGUUACGUCUGCCUUUGCUUUAGUCUUGAUUCAGCAGAGUGAGAAAACGCAGGACGGCUUCAUCGUUCCAAUUUAUUUCUCAUAGUGAAGUCAGUAGUACUGAUCUCUGUAUAUUGUGCCAUAAGUCACUAAAGAUCAGCUCAUUAGACAAACGUGUGAAAGAAGUGUUGUUUCUCUAUGGGACACUGAUGUAUUUCUUUUUCCCUGGUAUAUAGUCUUAGAACUUAUGUGUAUGAUUUAUGAAAUGCAUUUCGUUUGUUGAGAACGUUGAUCAGCUUUGUUGAAGAAGUCAUAAAAAGAGGAGCUCGGUUGGUUACAAGUUGUUUUCAAAGGUACUCAUGGAUGAUACGUUAAUUUACAGUGUUAAGAGCUUGUGCAGGAUUCAGCUGUGACUGUAACUUGUGUUUUGGUAUGCUUAUUGUCAUGGGAUAUCAUUUUGUGGUCAGCAUCAGUGAGGUUUAGUUUUGUUGGCAAAGCUGUAAAGCUGAAAGCGAUAGCACAAUUAUACCACGUGAUGCUGUGAGUGUACAUUUAAUUGUUUUGCUGCUGUUUAGUUAUAGGUUACACGUUUAAUUGACGCUUGAGAUAACAUACAUAAAGGCAUUUAGGUUACUGCGAAUAACUGCAUUUGCAUUAAUUUGCAUACUUUUUAACUGGACUGGUCUAACUGUAGCAGUGUAUAACAUAGAACACAUGUAGUACUAUGCAGUGCGACAUGUGAAUGAUGAUGUGAGCCAUGUUCCAGUUUAUAUCUGUGGAUGCAUUUUGAACUGACACUCUAGAGGUAGGCAUACGUAAUCGCUUUUUCAUUAAUUUAGCUGAGCACCCCGUGUACAGUGAUCAUGACAUAUUUGUAUACCUUGUGGUGUUUCAUUGUAUCACUAUCUAGACUUUGCAUUUGUAUAUCAGAUGAAGAAUGAAAUAAUGUAUGACGAGCAUGGAAUUGUUGUAAUGUCAUUACGUGUGAAAGUCAUGUGCUUGCCACCAUAGAAGUACUUGUGAAAUUCGAGAAUGACGUUUGGUGUUUGCUUCGUGAGCCUCUUGACACCUUCUGAUACCUUGUCGGACAUUAUCCAAUUUAUUUUUUACCUACAUAGCCGUGAUAAAUGUUCUGUUGUAGAAUGUAAUAAAUAGUAAUAGUCAAUAUCGUACAAAUAGAGUCUUCCUACAGUUUCCACUGGACAAAGAGCGGCACUUUUUUCUACAGUACGAUUAACUAUGAGCGAAAUAUGACUACUUGGAGGAAUGUAACGGAAAUACAGUCAAGCCUUAUAACAAGAUCGCUUCCAACAAGGAAGUAUGUUAGUUAUGUUUUUAUAUUCAUGACCAAAAAAAAGAACUCGAUCAAGUAUUUGCAAAAAUAAUGCUAGUGCAAUACUGAUUCGACAGUUUCUAAAAGAAGUGUUCUGUCCAUUUGAAGACAGUGAUUUAAUUUUGACAAGCCAGCUAAGUCACUGUCCAAAUGCACCCAAGUAUCUAGAAUGUGCUAUUUCAAGUUGCAUUCACUGCAUAUUUGACAUGUUUGCUACCAGAAUACACAUUUGCAGCAUUUGAGUGAGUAAAUAGUUGCUUAGCUGUAACCAACACCAUUAUGUUGAAUGUUGCACGUUUGAUUUUUCUGUAUCAGUAGAAAAAUCAUUGAAAUAACACUUGGACCCCCAAAUUUUAUGUUUGUUACCUUAUAUUUAAAAAGUUGCUAUAUCCAUCUUUCCAGUUAUGCUAAGGUUCGAGUAUAGUUUUUAAAGUGAUUAUAUUAAGCUAAUAUGUCUGAGAUUAAAUCUACUUUUCACCUUUGGUGAGGUUGAUCUCUUGUCAUUGCCACAGGCGUGAUAUGCGCAUAGCCCGCUAGCGGUUGUGAUAGUCGAAGGCAAGGUCUGAAAUGUCGUGAUCUUUUUUUUUUGUUUCUCUUAUUCAAAAGUAAAUACAAAUAAAGUUGAAGCUGUUUUACGACACACCAAUUUAGACGUUGGUGGUGUAACCAAGGGAGAUUUGCUGUCCUGCAAUGAACUUGUGGCUGUACGUCUCAGAGGGUUGCAGUGCAAAUCAAUUCGAAAUGCGAAGCCAUUCGGUUUGGAGACUUGGUAAUGUUUUUCUACCCAUGACAUCAGCCGCUGUCAUCAAUUUGAUAUAGCAUAUAUAGUAUCAACUGAAGGGAUCUUGUCCCGUUAUGCAUGUCUGGUAUACUUGGCAUGCUUGUAAUUAGCAUUAGGAGAUUGGUUCACUGAAUAGUGGAGAUUGGUAGGCUGUAAUAAAAAAAUAGAAAUGUGAGUAAUUCAUAUUAAACACAGCUGUUCGUGACAGUUGAUUAGUAUGCAGUUAAAUUGUCAUGCAUUGCAUGACAACUGGGUUAGGCAUCAGAAUAGUUGUGCAUGUCCUGUGUAUCACAUUGGCAGUGUGUGUGUUCACCACAAUGUUAGUAUUUUGUUGAAUAAACAGUUGUGUGCAUUUGUUUA